GUCGACGUCGCGCGCGAGCACGCCGCCGCCACCCGCAGGUGGUGCGGAACGAAACCGUGCGACAGUCGCGAGGAGACCGCGCCUCCAAAGGCGGUUCACACGGUGGCCUGCGUGUGUAUAUUCGCAACCUCCAGGUCGUCCUCCCUAGCUUCUCCCUCUUCUCGCAACCACCACCCAAGUCGCAACGUAAGAGUAAGAUGGCAGUCAAGACACAUUGGUUGGUCUCACUAUGGUUCGCAAUCACGAUCCCGGUCAUCUUCUGGGAUGCUGGCUACUGCUUCAUGCGGCCGCGGUCCAUGGUCGGUGGUGACCUACACUGGAUCUGGAAGCCCUAUGCGCUGUACCAGGAAGUCGACUACAUCUAUGGCGUAAAAGCUUUGAAGGAGGGAGACGGCUUCCCUAAUGCUCAAUCUCUUCUGAACGUUGUUGAAAACUUCAUGAACAUCGGUUACCUAUACCUAGCGCACGUCAAGGGCUCGCCGUCGGCACCGUUGCUGGGCUUUGCGAGUGCCGUUAUGACCAUUUCGAAGACUGCGCUCUACUGGCUCCAGGAGUACUAUUGCUCCUACUGCUCCAUCGGCCAUAACACGCUCUACAACCUGAUCGUGCUCUGGAUCAUCCCGAAUGGGUUGUGGCUUCUCGUGCCUACCUUCAUCAUCUGGCAGCUGGCAAAGAUAUCACCUCUGCACUGCACGUUGCAGAGAGAGUCAGCAAGAAGAGGCUUCGGGAAGAAGCAUUGAAGAUUGCUGGGUUGCCAAAUGCCGUACGCCCUCUGGACCGCCUGCCGGAAAAGGAUCAUAUGUCUGUAAUUUAGGGUAACACUACCACGCUACCUCCGUCCCGUCUCAAGGAAUGUUCUUGCUCUAUGUCACCGACCGUGCCCUCUGGGAAUGACAUGCUGUGUUAUGCUGUGUAUGGGAGAGGCACAUUCAAGACGUUCCCUUGGGAGCGGUGCGCGGGUCAAAGUCGGACGUACCUCUGCGUCAACGCCAGGCAAGACCCAUCGCUGUCUGUUGCACGGCGCAGCGUGCCAGGCGCGUAUGUAAGCGGGUCAUCGAGGCUAGCCAUACACGGAGAUAGUAGCCUACCAAC